AUGGCACUUGUAGUGCAGGGCUCGUCCAAGCGUGUUUCCUUGGACAUGGAGGAGACAGCCGGGGAGAUGUGGCACCCCAGUGACGGAUGCAACGAUCUAUUGCGGGCGCUUGAUGACCAUUAUGCUCAGUGGCGAGGGGCCGUGGAGCGAUCCUUCGGUAGACAGGGAGCAGAGGGCAUGAUGGAGGCUUCGUCGUUGCUCUCGCAACGCAAGGCCGCCUACGGAAGCUCUUUGGAGGAAGAAAAGCAAGGAAAGCUGUUCGAGACACAGCAAACCUACCAGCCAGCUGUGGUGAGCAACGAUCCACUACCUGACUGCUUGCCGACUGAAGCUUUCGAAAAAGCAAAGCCGAUAGUCGUACUUGACGAGCCAUCGAAGGAACACUGCUCGAGUCGCUCGAGCCGCUCGUUGGUGGAAAGUCCCCGCAGAGAUAGUCUUAGCGGUCCGUCUCAUGAAAAGUCCUCCAAGCCGUCUGCCGGCACCGCUGCCAUGCUCGGCCUCCAUGACAUUGGCGGUUUUCAGGGUUUCCUCCGUCGGCGCAAGACCUACAUCGACUAUAUGGCUGGACUUCUGGUCCUUCUUAACUCGUUGGUUAUGAUGCUCGAACUGGAACUUGAAGGUCGCGCAGUGGGUGCAGCUCAGUUUGGUCUUGCGAACUCCGGGCCCGACUUGGCCUCGGUGGAGCCUGUCUUCCGAACGAUUGACGCCGUCUUUGUGUAUGUUUUUCUUGCUGAGUUGGUCAUCCGCGUGGUGAUCGAGCGCCUGCAUUUCUUCUAUGACUUUGCCAACUGGUUCGACCUGGCGCUGGUCACGGUCGGGGUUUUGGAUAUGCUCGUGUUCGUCCCCCUGUCGGACACGGGCGAACCUCAGAACAUUGUUGUCAUGCGAUUGGUGCGCGUCGUCAAAUCAUUGCGAGCGAUUCGCAUGUUUCGCACCCUUCGGCUUUUCCGUGGCUUGAACUUGCUGGUGAAGGCUUGUCAGUGCUUCCUGCCGUCCUUGGGAUGGUCAAUGGUGUUGCUGGUUGUGUUCAUGUCGAUGGGCACCCUGGUCAUGGGCAACCUCUUGCGGGAUUUCAUCACGGACAAAGAUGCCAACAUGGACGACCGGCUGUGGAUUUAUUCGCGUUAUGGCACAGCUUAUCAUGCAAUGUACACAUUGUAUGAAAUUACCUUUGCAGGCAACUGGCCGACCAACGCACGGCCUGUUCUGGAGAAGGUGAACCAUUCCUUCGUGAUUUUUUACGUGAUCUACAUUACCAUCAUUGUGUUCGCUGUGAUACGUGUAAUCAGCGCAACAUUUUUGAAGGAUACACUCGAUGCUGCGCAAAACGAUGCGGAAAAUUUGGUGGUGGAACGCUUGCGCAAGAAAGCCCAAUAUGUCAAGAAGUUGGAGGAAGUGUUCAUGGCAAUCGACCAGUCAGGAGAUGGCAUGAUCUCGGAAGAGCGCCUUGCCAACAUUCUGUCGAAUCCCAAAGCGGUGGCUUAUUUUCAGACGCUGGAUGUGGAUGUCACAGAAAGUGCGGCACUUUUCCACUUGAUCGAUAACGGAGACGGUGAGGUCACAUUGGAUGAGUUCAUCGAAGGCAUCAUGCGAUGCAAAGGCCCAGCGAGGGCAAUUGACCAGGUGGCGAUGCGCGCAAUGAUUCAGCAAGUGGAUCAGAAACUUUCCAAGCUCACGAAGAAGUUGGUAGAAUCAGGCACAAUUCUGCCGAAAUUGAGCACCGCACCGUCGGCUGACAGCCCUGGCAUAUGGUGA